AUGGCCGUCGGCACACAUGAUGACGGCCCGGGAAGUGGCACCCUUCACGACGUCGGGAUACAGCCAGCAGACAAAAAGGCCCUAGCCGCUGGGGACUGUGGCCAUGAUAGCCCGGAUCCGUUCCAGACACACCGCAGCAUCAUCGAGGACGCGAGGGCGGCUGCUGCCAAAGAGCAAGGCAUGACUCUCUGGCAAGGAAUCAAGUUGUACCCCAAAGCUGUGGGCUGGAGCGUGUUGAUAUCCACCUGCAUCGCCAUGGAGGGCUAUGAUAUCAGUUUGGUGAACAACUUUUAUGCGUUCCCGCAGUUCACCAAAAAGUACGGCGAAUAUCAGCCAAAGUCCGGGACCUACGAAAUCACUGCUCCGUGGCAGGCGGGCCUGAGUAACGGUGCAAUGGUGGGCGAAAUCAUUGGGCUCUUCAUUAAUGGCUAUGUCUCGGAAAGGUUUGGUUACAGAUAUACGGUCAUGACCUGUCUUGUCAUGAUAGCGGCUUUUACGGCCAUAUUCUUCACGGCUCCCAACGUGGAAACUCUUCUCGUCGCCGAAAUUCUUUGCGGUAUUCCAUGGGGCAUUUUCCAGACACUGGCCGUCACCUACGCCUCUGAGGUUUGCCCCGUUGCCUUGCGCGGAUAUCUCACCACAUAUGUCAACUUUUGUUGGGGACUCGGCCAGGAAGUCGGCAUCGGUGUCAUUCGCGCCAUGCUCGCCCGUAGCGACGAAUGGGCCUACCGUAUACCCUACGCUUUGCAGUGGAUGUGGCCGCUGCCCUUGUUCGUCGGCAUAUUCUUUGCCCCAGAAUCACCGUGGUGGCUGGUACGCAGAGGUAGGACCCAAGAGGCCAAGAAGGCGCUUUUGCGCCUUACCAGCCUCAACCGGGAAACGAAUUUCGAUGCCGACGAGACAAUUGCCAUGAUGGUGCACACGACUGCUCUGGAGGAGAAAAUCACGGCCGGAGCCUCGUACUGGGACUGUUUCAAGGGAGUUGACUGGCGGAGAACCGAAAUUGUUUGCAUGACAUGGGCGAUUCAAAACCUGAGCGGAAAUUCGUUUUCCAAUUAUUCGACCUACUUUUUAAGGCAGGCUGGACUGUCAGACAGCGAUGCAUACUCUUUUGCUCUUGGCCAGUACGCCAUCAACAUGGUUGGCGUGUUUGGGGCAUGGGGCUUGAUGACGGCGGGUAUUGGACGAAGAUCACUUUACCUCUAUGGACUCUGCGGCCUUUGCACGAUGCUCUUCCUCCUUGGAUUCCUCGGCCUUGUGCCACACGACCACCGCCGAGCGGGGUCUCUUGCCACUGGCAGCAUCAUGAUUGUUUGGGCCCUCUUCUACCAGUUGACGGUUGGAACUGUGUGCUAUUCUCUUGUAACCGAACUAUCGUCUCGUCGGCUCCAGAUCAAGACAGUCGUGCUGGGAAGAAACCUCUACAACAUUGUUGGCAUCAUCAAUAGCGUAUUGACACCAUACAUGCUGAACCCAGGCGAGUGGAACUGGAGCAACUACGCGGGCUUCUUCUGGGGGGGGAUAUGCUUCCUAUGCAUCGUCUACACGUACUUCCGUAUCCCAGAACCUCGAGGUCGUACAUUUGCAGAGCUGGACGUCUUAUUCGAGCGCCGUGUUCCCGCUAGGGAAUUUUCCCGCACAAGCGUAGAUGUCUUCCACGAAACAGUCGAGGACGAGGUUUUGAACCAGUACGAAAUCGAUGUACAUGGCAGGCAGGAGAAGAGCGGACGACUGGCAUAG